AUGGGUGGCUGCCGAGCCAGAGGCGAGUGCCUGUCGGCCUUCGGGCUGCUGCUGCUGCUGUGGGGGGCUGCGGCCACUGCCCUUCCGCUGGAGCGUGGUCCCACCAGCCAGGACAGUGGGGAAGCUGCGGAAGGGAAGAGGGCCGGCCUGCUGACUUUCCUUGCCUGGUGGCACGGGUGGACCUCCCAAGGCAGCUCCAGUGCCCUCAUCGGAGAGGACACCAGCGGGGUGUCUAGGCGGCAGGAAAGCCCACUUUUCCAGCAGCCCCCACGCCGGGAUAAAAAGCCCUGCAAGAACUUCUUCUGGAAAACCUUCUCCUCUUGCAAAUAA